AUGACGGCGGCAAUGAAGCGGCUCGUUUGGCUGUGCGUCAGUUCGUUGCCCUGCACGCUCGCGGAGGCGGGAGAGCUCGGCGGCGGGAAGCCCAAUGUCAUCGAGAGGGUCGUGGAGUUGAUGGGCACUCUCAGGGAGAAGAUCCGCAACGACGGCGAGCUGGAGCAGGGGUCGUACGACAAGUAUGCGUGUUGGUGCGAGGACACUCUCAGCAAGAAGGCGGCUGACAUCGCCACGGCCAAGGGGUCCAUCGACGCUUUGCAGUCGGAGAUCGUUAAGCUCAAGGGCGAGAUCGCUACGCACACGGCCGACAUUGCGCAGCUGAAGAAGGACAUCGCGGCUAAUGUGGAGUCCCAGCGGGAGGCCACGGAGGUGCGCGACAAGGAGCGCGCAGACUACGAGGAGGAUAAAAACCAGAACGAGCAGUGCAUGGGCGCGCUGGAGGCCGCGAUCAAGGUGCUGCACGGCGCCGGCACUGUCAAGAAGGCCAACCUGCUGGCCACGAUGCAGGAGGCCCAGUUGCUCAGCGUGGUGGCGGGCGUCAGGUCGCUGCUGCGAAACCCGGCCGUGACAAAGUCCGUCAGCCCUGAGGACAUGCAGUUGGUGGAGAAGUUCGUCGGCCGCCCGGAGGACUUCGUGGGCGCCAGGAGUGCGGGACUCCCGGCUGCCAUUCACGGCGGCGUCGUGAAGCCGGUUAGUCUUAGGUCGGGCGUGUUCUACCCAAAUGAGCUCGGAGGGUUCUUGAGCGCCAUCCAGGUGGGCCAGACUCCGAACCCGUACGGGGACUAUGCUCCGCAGUCUGACCGUGUGUCUGGCGUUUUGAAGUCCAUGUACGACACGUUCGCCAGGGACCUCGAGAGGAACAACGUGGAGGAGGCGGAUAAGCAGAAGGCGUUCGAAGAAUUGAUGCAGACGAAGAUUGCUGAGAUGAAGACGCUGCAGGCCACCUUGGACCAGCAGACCAUAUACGAGGCCGACAAGGCGAGGCAGUUAGCGGAUACAAAGGUGUUGCUUGACAACACGAAGGAGCAGCUGGAGGCGGACGAGAAGUUCUUUGCGCAGGCGAAGACGUCUUGCAAAGAGAAGGCCGGGGAGUGGGCGGAACGCGUGAGGAUGCGCACCGAGGAGAUGAAAGGCAUCGACAAUGCCGUCGAGCUACUCGGCAGCGACGACAGCAAGGCAAUUUUCGAGAACGCGACCAGCAGCUUCUUGCAGGUCGGGUCCGCGAAUCAGGCAGACGACAGCGUUCUGCGCGACACUGGCAAGGACGCCGCUUACCGUCGCUUGCAGUCUUUGGCUUCUCGGCUCCAGAGCGUAAAGAUCGCCAGGUUGGCGGCUGCGCUGACCACCUCCGGCCACUUCGACGGCGUGAUCGCGUCGAUCGACGAGAUGCUCGCGAGGCUCCGCGCCGAGGAGCAGGAGGACGUGGAGCACCGCGACAGGUGCCAGAACGCCGAGAACGAUAACACCAUCACCUCCGAGGACCUGACCUCAGACAUUGACAAACUCGACAGCGAGCUGCAGCGCUCGAGCGACGAGAAGGAGGAGCUGCAGGGCAAGAUCGCGGCCGCGGAGGAGAAGAUCAAUCAGACCUCCGAGGAUCAGGGGCCCGCGAACUGCGGGCGGAGCGCGUUGAGGCCGAGCAGAGGUUCCGGCAGUCGGUCAAGGACGACACAGAGGCCAUCGCCCUGCUCGGCAAGGCGAUCGAGGCCCUGUCCGCCUACUACAAGAAGAACAAGAUGCCCAUCGGCCUUGUGCAGGCCCCGGCCAGGGCCGCGGCGGCACUCGCGCAGGAGCGCCGGGGCCUGCGCCGCGUGCGGCGCCACGGCGUGGGCUCGGCGGCGCCUGGCGACGGGCCUCCGGCCGGGCCUGCCGGGCCGCCCGAGUACACCGUGA